GGCAAAUGUCCAACGUUAAAAUGUUGAGUUGCAUAGUUAUCACCUAUAAAAGGACGGGUUUGGUAUGGGUUUACCAUAAAAUUUUAUAGGGCGUAGAUCUCCAAUUGCCAUUCAACCAAGCCCCGAUCUUUCAACUCCACCGUUUUCCAAGUGCAAAGAAUAAUGAAUUAAGCUAAUUUUAACAAACUUGACUUUGCACUUUUACAGUUUUAGUGCAGAAGCACUUAAAUUGCCAUCAUAGCUCUUUUUACUUCUUUGUACAGAUACAAUGGUGGUACAAAAAGUAGUACAGAUGUACGGUUCUCUAGGGAGGCGUAUCGACGGCGAGAAAGGUAUUAAUAUGGAUUCGCCAAUUGAUGAAAAUCAAAAUCUUGGGUACUUCAAAGUUUGGCUGCUUAUAACCCAAUUAUUAGGCGUCGUCAGUAUCGCCCUAGUCUCAUCAUGGUGUGACCAGUACCUUGGCGGAUUUGCCUGGCAGUCGAAUCCACAGCUCCAGUUUAAUCAUCAUCCUUUCUUCAUGGUGCUCGGUUUCGUUUUCUGUUACGGAAAUGGACUGCUUGUUUUUCGAGUAUUUCGCUAUCAGAGAAAACAGCCAGUGAAGCUUUUGCAUUUUGGUCUUCAUACUGUAGCUUUCAUAUUCACCAUCGUCUCCCUCAAAGCUGUAUUCGAUUCGCAUAAUUUACCCGCCAAACCUAAACCAAACCUUUACUCUCUGCACAGUUGGCUCGGUCUGACGGCCGUUAUUCUCUUUGCCAUGCAAGUAAGUAAAUAUUGUUUCAUAUAUUUACGGAACCCUAUUAACGCAUCUCCAAUCGCUAGGAGAACCUAGCCCUGAGGAGAACCUGACUGAAUAGUGUUUUCAAUAUAAAUGUAAACAACAAUCUCGAAAUGUUAACCUGCUCUACU